CCGACCGCGGGUCGAGGUGUAUCAGUCCAACAUGUUUCCACUGUUCCAAAAGGCCUCCGUCAUAACAGUCAUUUUCCCCAUCGACAUCUUCACGAACGACUUCACCAGGACCGCUACCGUCGUCCUGCGAGCGAACCAUUGAGGCGAGCCGUCGUCCUGCGAACGCCACACCGGAACAAACUUGUAUGUUCCUCGUAUUUUUCGAACUCGAUCCCUACGAAGGGAGCGAACACGAAGGGAGCAAGUCGCGCGCGCGAACAUUAAGGAUACACAUGUAGCCAGAUUGGUAUUUAAAGUGUCGGGACUAAAGCAUCAACACCUCUUUCGAAAGGCUGUGAAUUUAUUGUUAAUCGUACGCUCUUAAUAAAGAAGACUUAAAACCAGUGCCAUACGCGAUUAGUUAGAUUAUUUCUCUGCUCCUGAUUUGUCUUGAGUAAAUGUAGUUUUAGUUUAGUUAGUUUAUUUUGGAGAAGCAGGAGAGUUACCUUUCCGGGUAAAAGGUGCGUUUCCAUUUCCCAAUUCAGAUAAAGAUAAAGGCCUUAUCUGACGAAUUCAUAUUAGAAUUGAAUAUUCAAUACAUACAGUAAGUAAUAGUAAUAGUAGUUGUAAUAAACUAGUUAAUCGUAAGAGAAAAUACACAAAUAUAUAAAAAAGAUCAUCGGGGAAAAGGAUAAAAGAAAAACUAUGUCGCGCGCGCGCCCACAACUACAGUAGUCUACGAAGAGCCAGGCUUUAAUCGGCGACGCGAGUGCGAUUUUUCCGAUUGGCCGUCGAAAGAAGUAACAUUCUUUUUGGGGUACAGAUGUCCCUCGGCAGUGAGAAAAGUGUUGUGAAACUUGGUAAAAAUACUGGAUCAAGAGGACGAAGAGAGAGAGCACAAAAAAUAUAUACUAGUGUGUUUCUUUUUUACUUGUAUACGUCUAUAUAAAUCCAACACGCAUAAUGUAUAUGUGUUUGUAAGAAGUCUGUGAUUUGUCUCUACUUAUUUACUUUUAUACACUGGAAUUUCCGUGAUCGUGGAUUAUCGAGGUUCGGCAGUGGACGUAACAUAAAGGUAGUGGUUGCAGCCGCCGCUCUUCUUCAUCUGCCUACCAUCAUCAUAGUCAUCACCAUCAGCAUCUUAGCAUCGGCAUCGCCGUCUUAGUGCCAUCGUUGGGUGCGUGCGAGUGUAUGUGAGUGCGUGUGCGCGCGUGCAACCUCACCACAACCAUCGACUUCGACAGCAGAAGGAGGAAGAGCAGAUCCAUCCGUCGUCUCCUUUACCGAUUGGGAGGAAGUCAGGAACAUUGGGCCCUGGAGGAUGACGAUGGUGCGGACAGAAGCGUAGCAGCCGGAAGGAAUAAGGGCGGCCGAGGUGCGAGGGUUGAGACGCCCCUUGCACGACCUCCACCACUCGCCAGCACUGGCUACUAUGCGAAUUGCACAAUCCCUUCGAGCCCUCUUCGCCGCGGUGCUUAGCUUAGCCGCUAUUUUUUGCCCGGUCGCUUCCUACGAACACAAUUAUAACGACUCAAUUUCUCAGGCCAGACACAAUCUCAAGAAGAAUCAUAAAAUGCACGAUUGGUACGAUCUUUACUACCGGCAUGAGAACCCGCUGGACGACGCAGGUAAACUGCUAACCGUGCGCGAGAAUCAGGUGCUUCUGAAGCAGGAGAUCAAGAACAGGACCGGCGUGGAUUGCUGCCCGUCAGUCCUUGAGAUGGUGGAGCCGGAGGGUGGCAAGAACCAGGACGACCAAUACGUCGAGCUGUACAGGGACGGCAACAACAGGCAGCGGUUCUACGAGCUCUCCUGCCACCAGGACAUCCUGGAUAAACCGUGCCGUUUUAUGGAAAAGAAACUGCACGCCCAAUCCAGAUGCGUGCAGAAGUACAGCUACACCUAUGCCCUCGUCAAGGACACCGGACGCCACCAUCACCACCACCGGCAGCGGCCCAACUACUUUCCGUCAAUCUCCUCCGGCCCGAAUGAGACUCGAUGGACGUUGGACUACAUCCGCGUCCGCAGCGGCUGCAGCUGCGUCGUGAUGCCAAACAUCAAGAAGAAACGGGAUAAGCAGAAGGGCAGGCGGCGACAGAUGGACAUCGAUUAGGACGAUCAAGAGAAUAUUGUAACCACAAACCACACCAUUCAAGCAACAAACCAACCAACAAAGAUCCGCACCCAUCAAACAAACAACCAACCAUCCACCCUCCCCACACUUAAUUUAUUUAACUUAAUUCUCUAUAAAUACUUUAUACAUAUUGAUCUAAUACCAAAGUGACUAUUAGUUUUUUUUAUAUAUAUAUAUUAUUAUAUUGUUUUUUAGUUAACUUUGCAAUAAUUCUCUUAAGACUUCUUUUUACUUAAUUUAUUUCCGGACAUCAACAAGUGGAGGGAAUCAACUCUUGCCAGAUCCGAUUUUCGAUUCCGUUCAUUUAUAAUGU